AUGAACUUCGCAGUGGGUUUCAAGCCGCUGCUAGGGGAUGCACACAGCAUGGACAACCUGGAGAAGCAGCUCAUCUGCCCCAUCUGCCUGGAGAUGUUCUCCAAACCGGUGGUGAUCCUGCCCUGCCAGCACAACCUGUGCCGAAAGUGUGCCAAUGACGUCUUCCAGGCCUCGAACCCUCUGUGGCAAUCCCGGGGCUCCACCACUGUGUCUUCCGGAGGCCGGUUCCGCUGCCCGUCCUGCAGGCACGAGGUUGUCCUGGACCGACACGGCGUCUACGGCCUGCAGCGCAACCUGCUGGUGGAGAACAUUAUUGACAUUUACAAGCAGGAGUCUUCGCGGCCGCUGCACUCCAAGGCCGAGCAGCACCUCAUGUGUGAGGAGCAUGAGGAGGAGAAGAUCAAUAUCUACUGCCUGAGCUGUGAAGUGCCUACCUGCUCUCUCUGCAAAGUCUUUGGUGCCCACAAGGACUGCGAGGUGGCCCCGCUGCCCACCAUUUACAAGCGCCAGAAGAGUGAGCUCAGUGAUGGCAUCGCGAUGCUGGUGGCGGGCAAUGACCGUGUGCAAGCCGUGAUCACACAGAUGGAGGAGGUGUGCCAGACCAUCGAGGACAACAGCCGGAGGCAGAAGCAGUUGCUAAACCAGAGGUUCGAGACGCUGUGCGCGGUGCUGGAGGAGCGGAAGGGCGAGCUGCUGGAGGCCCUGGCCCGGGAGCAGGAGCAGAAGCUGCAGCGCGUCAGGGGCCUCAUCCGCCAGUAUGGGGACCACCUGGAGGCCUCCUCCAAGCUCGUGGAGUCGGCCAUCCAGUCCAUGGAGGAACCGCAGAUGGCGCUCUACCUGCAGCAGGCCAAGGAGCUGAUCAAUAAGUGA